CUUCUUUCUGAUUUUGGACUUGAACAAUGUUCAGUAACAUCAAUAUUUCUUACAAAAAUGAUCUAGAUCACUCAAGGGAGUAUUGCACAGAGCUGGAGGAUUAUUGUGAAUUGACCUUUGGGGGACAUUGGAGGCACUAAAGGGCACAAAAGGUGGACUGGUCUCAACUCACAUUGUCGCUUAACCUGUCUAUCAAGAAAAAGAUGUCCAGACUCACCCAGAUACAGGACAUCCCCCCAAGCCCUUAACAUAAGUAGCCUACUACCUGCACCAAACAAUAGUACCUGUUUGGCCAAAGAAGUCCUAAGAAAGUCAUGAUUUUAUCAUGAAACAGGUUAGAAUUUAGAUUCCACAGAUUUUGUGUUGGCUCUCCUCCCUGCCCAUACCUGAUUAGUGAGCCUGUUAAUUUGAUUUGUUUUCAUUAGCUUUUGGCCAAGGUUGGAGGGACUUCACCAUAUGUCAUCUGGGUAGAGCCCCCUCGCCUCUCCCUCAUUUCGUAGCAUAAAAAGGCCUGUGUCCAAUGACUCUUCACUCACUCUUCUCUACUCAGACCAGACAGCAACUUCCGCCACCAUGACCUCCUUCUCCAGCAGCAACAGCUUCAUGUCCUCUGCAUCUAUGGGCUCCUUUCGCCACAUGUCCAUGUCUAGUGGAGGUAGACACAUCAGCGCCAUGAGGGGCGGCAGCGUGUACGGGGGUGCCGGUGGGUCCGGGGUGCGCAUCUCCAGUGCCUCCAGCACCUUCUCUGCUGGCAGUGAGUCUGGUGGCAGCUCCAACCUAGCCGACGCUGUCUACCUGAACGGAAAUAAGAAGGCCACCAUGCAGAAUCUGAAUGAUCGCCUAGCCUCCUACCUGGACAAGGUCCGCUCCCUAGAGAAGGCCAACGUUGAUCUGGAGGUGAAGAUCCACCAGUCCCUGGAGAAAAAAGCCACACCUGAGACUCAUGACUGCACUGCCUUCAAAGUCGUCAUCAGCAAACUCCAAAACCAGAUCUUUGAUGCCACUCAUAUGAAUGGAGGAUUCUACCUGGCUAUUAACAAUGCUAAGUUGGCAGCAGAUGACUUUCAAGUCAAGUAUGAGAAUGAGCUGGCUAUGACGCAAUGUGUGGAGGCUGAUAUUGCUGGGCUGAGGCGGGUGAGGGACGAGCUGACCAUUGGAGGAUCCAACCUGGAGAUGGCGGUUGAGGAGCUGAAGGAGGAGUUGGUCCACCUCAAGAAGAACCACAAGGAGGAGGUCAAGGCCCUUCGGGCGCAGGUGGUUAAUCAGACGGUCAACGUGGAGGUUGAUGCUGCCCCACAGGAAGACCUCACCAAAGUCAUGGCUGAGAUCCGUGAGCACUACGAUGCUGUUACUGCCAAGAACCAAAAAGAACUGGAGAGCUGGUUCAAUGCAAAGACAGAAGAAAUCCAGAAAACUGUCGCCUGCAGCACAGAGACCAUCCAAUCAUCCCAAUCUAAAAUCACUGAAGUUAAACGCAUAAUGCAAAGUCUAGAAAUCAAAUUCCAAUCUGAACUCAGCAUGAAAGCUUCCCUGGAGGGCACCCUGGCUGACACACAGAACCGCUAUGCCAAUAUGCUAUUGAGUUAUCAGAUGCAGGUGACCAGCUUAGAGGGCCAUCUUGGUCAGAUACGUGGUGACUUGGAGCGCCAGGGACAGGAAUACCAGAUUCUGCUGGACAUCAAGACCAGGCUGGAGAUGGAGAUCACUGAGUACAGGAGACUGCUGGACGGAGAAAUGACAAGCAGUGUCUCGGCAGCCACCAAAACACACAAGGUGGUGACUAUCAUCUUGGAAAGUGUUGACGGCAAGGUGAUCAGUGAGACCAAGACCAAGUGAGACAUCUUAAAACGGGGAAUUCACAGAACAGAACACGAUCCCGCUGAUUCCUACUGUCAACCUUUCUCAGAAGCUGUGAUUCAAUUGGGUUGUGUAAACUUGUAUCUUGGGAUUUAUAUACUUCCUCUGAUACCUUCAGAGAGAUUUGUCAAUAAAACUA